CACAUGCGCGGUGAGAGUGACUGCGCAUGCUCACUGUGCGCUCUGUGGUAAGCCAGGGAAUGUGUAGCUAGCUCGAGGAGUUUUGAGCUUUAAUAUCCUCGACCCUCGGGUACCUGGUAUAGGCAACGAGCCUUUUUUUUAAACCCAGUUUUAAAUUGUAAUUGAAAAUGUCCGUGUUCUCGGAGCCUGCUUUGGAGAAGAAAUUAUCAGAACUGAGUAACUCCCAGCAGAGCGUGCAGACCCUUUCACUGUGGCUCAUCCACCACAGAAAACACUCCAGAACCAUCGUCAAAGUCUGGUAUAACGAGCUGAAGAAAGCCCAGGUGUCCCGUAAGCUCACUUUCCUGUAUCUUGCAAAUGAUGUCAUACAGAAUAGCAAGAGGAAAGGACCAGAGUUCACACAUGAUUUUUCCCCAGUUAUUGUUGAUGCUUUCAAACACGUGUCCAGUGGAGGAGACGAGAGCUGUCGGAAACAGUUAGGUAGAGUUUUGUCCAUCUGGCAGGAAAGAGCUGUCUAUGAGAAGAACAUACUGGACAAACUCUCUGAUGUCCUGCAGGUAGAAAAGAAGGCCAAGAAAAGGCCUUAUGAAGAGAUUAAGGUGAACGAUGAUGACUUCGCCUCCCAAAGCUCCCCUGCUGAACCUCCACAGACUGCUGAACUGAUCCGAGCACUACAGGAGCUUGAAAACGCAGCUUCCAGCGAUGCAGCUCUCCGCCAGAGGAUCUCUGCUCUACCCCAAGAGGUGCAGGACACCUCCCUAUUGCACAAAGUUACAGAUAAAGAGUCAGGGGGGCGUCUUUCUCGGUUGGUGGAAGAGGCCUGCAUGCUUCUAGCUGACUACAGUGGGCGGCUGGCAGCAGAGAUUGAUGAUCGGCGGCAACUCACACGCACUCUUGCCGUCUUUUUGCAGAGUCAGAGAGAUGGCCUGGCCCAGAACGAGCAGAAACUAGAAGAGUAUAAGCGCAAACUGGCCCGGGUGUCCCAGGUACGGAAGGAGCUGCGGUCUCGUCUCGGCGGUCUCCCAGACCUCUCUCGGCUCCCUAAUGUAACAGGUAGCCAUGUCCGCCUGCCCUCCUCUGGUGACCUUUACAGCCCCUCUGAUUGUAUGUACUCAGGUGAGAUGAAAGAUGGUAAGCACUGUCACGAUCAUAACUGUGCCCUGGAGGACCGAGAGCGUGAAAAAAAGCUUGCCAGGAAACGCCUGUACAUUGUUUCAGCAGUGUGUCUGGUCUUCAUAGUGGGCGAGAUCUUAGGUGGGUAUUUUGCAGGAAGUCUGGCAGUGAUGACAGAUGCCGCCCACCUGCUUGUGGACCUCACCAGCUUCAUCAUCAGUUUGUGCUCGCUGUGGCUGUCGUCCAGACCGGCUACAUUCACUCUCAAUUACGGCUGGCAUCGAGCAGAAAUCUUGGGUGCUCUGUUGUCUGUUUUCACAAUUUGGCUGGUGACUGGUGUGCUAGUAUAUCUAGCAGUGGAACGGAUCAUUCAUGAUGACUUCACUAUUGACGGAACAGUCAUGCUGAUCACCUCUGGCUGUGCUGUACUGGCCAACAUCGUAAUGGCCUUCACUCUGCAUCAGUCAGGUCAUGGCCAUAGUCACGGUGGUCUGAGCGGCAGCCACAGUCAUGACCAUGGGAAGGAAAAAGGCCACAGUCACGACCAUGGGAAGGAAAAGGGCCACAGUCAUGACCAUGGGAAGGAAAAGGGCCACAGUCACGACCAUGGGAAGGAAAAGGGCCACAGUCACGACCAGGGGAAGGAAAAUGGCGACAGUCAUUCUAACGCUAACCAUUGUGAGGUAGAGGUGAAUGGAUCUGGUAAAAGACAACAAGCUAAUGCUAGCGUCAGGGCAGCAUUCGUCCAUGUGAUUGGAGACCUUCUACAGAGUGUCAGUGUGUUUGUCAGUGCACUCAUCAUCUUUUUUAAGCCUGAAUAUAAAAUUGCAGAUCCCAUCUGCACCUUCCUGUUUUCUCUAUUUGUCCUGGGCACCACAUUCACUAUUAUGAGGGACAUAAUUAUUGUCCUAAUGGAAGGUACACCGGCUGGUGUGAACUAUAAUGAGGUGAGAGAACGACUGCUCAGAGUCAAAGGUGUCAAAGCUGUGCACAACCUUCACAUCUGGGCCCUGACAAUGAACCAGGCUGUGUUCUCUGCUCAUGUGGUUAUAGAGGAUACCGUAGAGCCACGGGCGGUGUUGAGAGAAAUGAUCCAGGACUGUUUCACAACAUACAGUUUCCAUUCAGUAACCAUUCAACUGGAGCAUCAGGUGGACCAGAGGGCUGACUGCAGCCUCUGUCAAGACCCCACAAACUGAAACAUCCGGAGAUUUUACUUUAAAGGGAUACUCCAGCCCACAAUGAAAGUUUUGUCAUUAAUCACUUACCACCAUGUCGUUCCAAACACGUAAAAGCUUUGUUCAUCUUCGGAAACACAAUUUAACAUAUUUUGAAUGAAAACCAGGUUUGUGACUGUCCCAUAGACUACCAAGUAAAAUACUCUGUCAAAGUCCAGAAAAGUAUGAAAAGCAUCAUCAGAAUAGUCCAUCUGCCAUCAGAGGUUCAACCCAUAGACUGUAUAAACGUAGUGUCCGUGAUGUCACCCAUUGGUUUCUGAAGAGCAUUUUUGAAGCCAAAACUGGGCAUAGGCAGCUGUUGCCAUCUUGGCAGUGUGUCACCGAGCGUCACAUUUCCGGAUAAUCGAAAAUGGGCAAAAAGAUGGGAGCUGGUUGCUGAAACCACAUCCACCGAGCUCGACAGCAGCGAAAGCAGUGGCAAUACACCUGUUACUCAAGUUGCUGAGCCCUUAAUUAUGCAGAACUUUAAGGCUUAAUAUAAUUUAAAUGGAUGCGUUAUAUAAAAAAAAUCACCCCCUACAGUUGUCAUGAUUUUUUUUUCUGCUGUAAAGUUGGGCAUUUUAACAUGGGGAGAUUAUAGGAUUUACUCCCUUUUGGAGCAAGUCUCCAGCAGCCAGACGAUAAAUUGCAGUUUUAGUAAUUUCCGUGUUGGUUUCAAGAAAGGGAGCCGAAGAUUGCAGCUUGGUUCAACCAUAAUGUCAAUAAGAGAUGAGAAUACUUGUACGCGAAUAAAACAAAUAUUACGACUUUAUUCAACAAGUUGUCUCCUCUGUGUCCCUCCACAUCACCGUAGCGCUGAACGUAUAUGAGCUUAACGCAGCCAGCUUACCCUCUUCUGUGUCAGCUGCCACACAUUUAAAUCAAAGUGUAAAUAUACAUAGAAAGCAUAUUCGUAUGUCACAGAAGAGCAUAAUUUGUAAAAUGCAUUUUACAUGGCAGUCUAUGGGACAAUCACAAGCCUCUCGGUUUUCAUCCAAAAUAUCUCAAAUUUUGUUUCAAAGAUGAACAAAGCAUUUACAGGUUUGGAACGACAUGGGUAUUGUGAUUAAUGAUUAAUGAGAAUAUUUUCAUUUAAUUAUUAAAAUUAUAAAAUUAUUUCUGCCACUCAACAGACCAACAUGUGCAUUAAAACUGAGCUGUAUUGGGCUGGACUGUUCAUACGGUAUUUGUGAGUGGACAAAAGACCCAGUGGUAUGGCCAGAGGUGUCGUUUCCCAAAAUGUUUUGUUACCUAAUUGAGCAAGAGACAGCUUAGGGUACUACAAGCCUAUACAAGACGACUUGUGAAAGUACACAUUUGUCAUUUUGUUUUGCUUAAUUUUAAAUAAAGCAAUAAAGACUUGAGUAAAAGCC